UCUGGAGACGCGUCUGUUUACAUCAAACUACAAAACGCAACAUUCUUCUUGGAUUUAGGACUUAACAAAGGCAAAAAACAAUCGAUUGGAAUGGAAUUUUUCACCCUCAUUUUCCUUUUCACAGGGCUAUUGGGGACAAAGGCCGACCUUGUGGACACAAUAGAUGCAACUCCCACUCCGACUCCACCCCCAGAGGACGUGACAAUUGUGGUGACAGAACUUCCAUUGACAACAGAGGAAAUCUUCACCGCAUUCUUGGAACAGACCACUACAGAAAUGAUCUUGCUUUCAACGGGGACUGGGCUCCCUCCAGGAACUACAAAGGCAGCAACAGCAACUAUCACUGAAUCACCCUCAACUGCAACUCUGGCUCUGAAAUUUAGCAUGAACCAAGAAUACACAGCCGACCUCGCUGAUUCCUCCACAGCCGCAUACAAGAAGUUAGACACCACAGUCACCACAGAGGUGGACAGUAUAAGCCAAGAUCUUUAUGGUUCCGAUUACGUUGGAUCCGAAGUCAACUCAUUUACGGAGGGAUCUGUGAUCGUGGACAUGACUCUCAAAUUUAAAAGUGAUAAUGUCGUUCCAUCAUCCACCACGGCUCAGGAAAAGCUUUCCUUGAAAUUAGUCGACUCGUCAGUUUUGAAAGUCAUAAAAGGAUCCAUUUCUAUCGGAUCCAGCAAUUCAACCUCAAGCAAUGCAACAACUGCAGCCCCCAACGCAACAAAUGCAAGGACAGCGGCCCCCAAUGUCACAAGAGCAGGCACUACAAAGGCAGCAACAGCAACUAUCACUGAAUCACCCUCAACUGCAACUCUGGCUCUGAAAUUUAGCAUGAACCAAGAAUACACAGCCGACCUCGCUGAUUCCUCCACAGCCGCAUACAAGAAGUUAAACACCACAGUCACCACAGAGGUGGACGAUAUAAGCCAAGAUCUUUAUGGUUCCGAUUACGUUGGAUCCGAAGUCAACUCAUUCAAGGAGGGAUCUGUGAUCGCCGAUAUGACUCUUAAGUUUAAAAGUAAUGAUGUCGUUCCAUCGUCCAACACGGCUCAGGAAAAGCUUUCCUCUAAAAUAGCCAACUCAACAGUUUUGAAAGUCAUAAAAGGAUCCAUUUCUAUCGUCGCCAGCAAUUCAACCUCAAGCAAUGCAACAACUGCAGCCGCCAACGCAACAAAUGCAAGGACAGUGGCCCCCAAUGUCACAGCCGCUGCACUGACCACUGCAAGCCCCUCCACACAGCCAGCUUCACCCAGUGAGGGAACCCUGGGUCUCAGGUUUAGUCUUAAGGACACGUUCAAAUCCGACCUUCUCAACUCAUCGUCGGAUGAAUUCCGGAGUAUGGCGACCACAGUGGUCAAAGAGGUGAACAAGGCUAGUUCAAAAGCGUUCUCAACGUCUUUCCGGCGGUCCAUCGCCAACUCUUUUACGAACGGCUCGAUCGUGACGGACAUGACGCUCGUGUUUAAAGACAAAAGCUCGGUUCCAUCGGUCACUAACGCCACUCAAGACCUCAGCGUUGAGUUGCUGAAGUCCAGUCUCAACAUCAUACCCGGCAGCAUUUCCACAUACUCCACGUCUUCAUCGGGCUGUCCAGCUCCGCCCGCAGCCAUGACGCUGACCCUCCUGUCCCUGCUACUGACGCGGCUCGCCCGUAUUGCUCAGUAACACUGUCGCUGAGGAAGCGUGAGGUCAGCGAGGACGAGAACCUUCAAAUUCAAAUUCACCAAUGAAAUGUUUCUGAGCGCUAGUUCUCUCUUGUUAGUCCCAGCUCAUCAUAUCAACUCUGCUACGUGAAUGUAUGACACGAGGUGAAUGCCUAAAUGG